AUGCAGCAGGUUGCGAUCGCGGGGCCCAGCGCCCUCCGCGCCACCCCCUGCAUCAAACCAUCGACCCCACGGAGGUUCCGUCUGGUGGUGCGGGCGGCCAAGGAGAAGCAGGAGGUCGUCACUGGUGUCACCUUCAAACCCUUUGAGGAGGUGGCGCCCGUGCUCGCCUCCACGGCGGGGAUGCCCAGCGGCGGGUCGCAGGCCUCCUUCGCCCGCUCCAAGACCUUCCAGCCCAAGGCGGAGGCAGCCAUCAACGAGCAGAUCAACAUCGAAUACAACAUCUCCUACGUCUACCACUCCAUGUCCUGCUACUUUGACCGCGACACCGUGUCCCUGCCCGGGUUCGCCGAGUACUUCCGCCGCAGCAGCCUGGAGGAGCGGGAGCAUGCGCAGAAGCUGAUUGACCUGCAGAACACUCGGGGCGGGCGGGUGAAGCUCAACGCCAUUGUCAUGCCCGAGACCGAGUUCGACCAUCCGGAGAAGGGCGACCUUUGGAAUGCCAGGGAGCUGGGCUCCACCUGGGAGAAGUCAACCUUUGACAAGCUGCUGCACUGUGGGGAGGCGGUGGACCAGAGCGGCGACCCGCAGCUGACGCAGUACAUCGAGGACAUGCUGCAGGACCAGGUGGAGGACAUCAAGAAGGCGGCCGACUAUGUGAGCCAGCUGCGCCGCGUGGGGACGGGCCACGGCGUUUGGGCGUUUGACCAUGAGCUGUACGAAAACGAGGUGCGCGCACGGGCCACUUGA